CACCCCUAAUGCACUUCCAUGCCAUGCCAUCCUUUCUCCACCCCACAUCUCUUCUCUUAACUCUCACUCUCAUGUCCAUCCUCACCUACUCCCCCAACUCCCUCUCUCCCUCCCUCCUCACCCACCCUAUCUCCACCCAUCUUCGCUUCGACCCCCUCUUCAUCUCCGCCGCCUCGUCCGACUUCGGUGGCAUCAUCCACUCCCCUCCUUCCGCCGUCUUCCUCCCUUCCUCCCCCUCCGACAUCGCCUCUCUUCUCCGCCUCUCCCACUCCUCCCCUCACUCGUUCCCCGUUGCAGCACGCGGGCUUGGCCACUCCACCCAUGGCCAAGCCCAAACCCCCUCUGGCAUCAUCAUCAACAUGUCAUCACUCGAUGUUGGCAUCGCCGUUUCGACUGAUAGCAUGUUCGUAGACGCUGGCGGCGGACAAACUUGGAUCAAUGUCUUGAGAGAGAGCUUGAGAUAUGGAUUGACACCAAAAUCAUGGACUGAUUAUCUUUACUUGACAGUGGGAGGGACUUUAUCUAAUGGGGGAAUUAGUGGGCAGGCUUUUUUGCAUGGACCUCAGAUCUCCAAUGUUUAUGAAAUGGAUAUUGUUACAGGCAAGGGGGAGAUGGUGACAUGCUCAGAGAGUCUGAAUUCUGAUCUCUUCUUUUCUGUGUUGGGUGGUUUGGGACAGUUUGGGAUCAUUACAAGGGCAAGAAUUGCUCUUGAGAAAGCUCCCAGAAGCGUGAGAUGGAUGAGACUAAUGUAUACUGAUUUUGAGGUGUUCACGAAUGAUCAAGAGCUGCUUAUCUCCAUUAAAGCUGAGAAAGACAAGGGAUGGCGAUUAGGCUACGUUGAAGGAUCCUUGCUUAUGGAACACAGCUUCAGGACUAACUGGAGAUCCCCUUUCUUCUCGGAGAAAGACGUGAAGAGGAUUAGGAAGCUGGCUUCUGGUAAUGGGGGAGUCAUAUAUUGCCUGGAAGCCUCCUUUUAUUAUGGUUAUGGUGCUGCUGAUGAUGCCAGGAUGGAUCAGGGUAUUGGAGAUUUGCUUAAAAAACUAAAUUUUGUGUCUGGAUUUGCAUUCAGAAAUGAUGUAAGUUACAUGAAAUUUCUGAAUAGAGUUCAUGAGGGAGAGUUGAAACUCAGAGCUAUGGGCUUAUGGGAUGUUCCACAUCCAUGGCUUAACCUAUUUGUCUCCAAGUCUAAUAUAUUGGAUUUCCACAAUGGAGUGUUCAAAGGCAUUAUGAAGGCCAACACAACUAUGGGUCCAAUACUUGUCUACCCAACAAAAAGAUCAAAAUGGAAUGAAAGGAUGUCAACAGCAAUUCCAGACGAAGAAGUGUUUUAUUCGAUAGGAAUCUUACUAUCUUCAGAGAGGAAUGAUUUGGAGAGUUUGAAGAACCAAAAUGCUAAGAUAUUAAAUUUCUGUGAUCAACUGGGCAUGAACUAUAAGCAAUAUUUGCCUCAUUACACGACCAGAGAGGGUUGGAUGAGGCAUUUUGGUAAGAAAUGGAAGAGAUUUGUUGAGAUGAAAAACAAAUAUGAUCCCAAAGCAAUAUUGUCACCAGGGCAGCAAAUUUUCUCGCAUCCUAUAGAUGUGCAUUGUCUCUCUUAAUCACUAGUCUUAUUUUUAUAGAAACUUGGAUCUAUUGCCGUCAAAGCAUUGUA